AUACAACGGUCAUUAAAUAUAAAAGUGGUCCAUUAGGUGGAGAUCAACAACUAGGUGCACAAAUAACUGACCAAAAGAUCGAUAUUUUAAUAUUUAUGAUCGAUCCACUGACCGCACAACCCCAUGAUGUUGAUGUUAAAGCCUUGCAACGUAUAGCAGUGGUGUGGAACAUCGUACUGGCCUGCGAUAUAGCGACAGCUGAUUUUAUUAUGACAUCACCAUAUAUGGAAGGCAUAUAUACAAGAGAAGUUUCCUCUUUUUCUACUUACCUUAAUCGUACAAUUCCUUAA